AUGUCUGCCGAGGGUAGCGCACAAGCUGCGGCUCCCACCGAGGAGAUUCCCAAGGUCGACGAGGCCACCACCACUACUGCUGGUGCACCAACUGCCUCAUCUGAGACUACAGCUCCAGCUAGUGAGAAAGUGGACGAGCCUGUGUCGGCUGAGCAGCCUGUCGCGGUUGCGCCCAAAGAAGAGGAGCCUACCAAGGCAGCUGAAGAACCUGCAAAGAAACCUACUGAAGAUGCUGCCCCUGUUGGUGACGUCGUGAUGAAAGAUGCUGACGAGGCAGCCCCUGCCCCAGUCACCGAGGAGCCCGCGAGCAAGCCCGAGGACCAUCAGGCUGCUGAAGCAGCCCCUAACGCCGAGGGCGAUACUGUUGCUGGCAGCUCUACUACACCUGCAAAGACUGUUGCGCGUCGCAAGUCUACUGGUCCCGCCGGUGGCAAGGGCAAGACCUUGAGCAAGAAGGCUUCCAAGGCGCGCAUUCUUCACCUAGAUGCAAAGCCCGGCGAUCACUUCUUCAUCAAACUCAAGGGCUACCCUCCAUGGCCCUGUAUCAUCUGCGAUGAGGAGAUGCUCCCCCUCUCCCUUAUUAAGUCGCGUCCUGUGACCGCUGCCCGCGCAGAUGGCACGUACCGUGAGGAUUACGCAGAUGGUGGCAAGCGAGCUGCCGACAGAACCUUCCCGGUUAUGUAUCUGUCUACAAACGAAUUUGGCUGGGUUGCGAAUGCUGACUUGGUCGACCUCGAACCCGACAAGGUCCUCGACCUUAUCAAUUCGAAGAUGCGCAAGGAUCUCGUUGACGCGCAUCAGCUUGCCGCUCAGCACAAUUCCCUCGAGCACUACAAGGGACUUCUUCAGCAAUUUGCGGAAGACCAGGCCGCCCAUCAGCAGGCCCUGGAAGCUAAGGCUCAAGCCACCCCUGCAAAGAAGAGCAGAAAGUCCAAGGGCGCCGAUGUUGAUGAGGAUGUCGAGAUGGCCGAUGCCAGCGAGGAGCCCGCCAAGGAGAAGAAGACUAAGAAGCGCAAGGCCGAGGACGACACGGCUACACCUCAGCGAUCGGACUCCGUCAAGAAGCCUAAGAUUAAGCUUACUAACAAUUCUACUCCCAAGACAGCCAACGGUGUCCCCACUCCAAAGUCUGGAAAAGUCAAGGACGAUUCUAAGCCUGCCAAGCCCAAGGCGAAGAAGAGCAAGGACACCGAGGAGAAGAAGUCAGAACCACAGGCACCGAAGGAGCCUGAACUCAGUCCCGAGGAGCGACAUCAACGGAAGGAGAAGGAAGUACUCUUCCUCCGGCACAAGCUCCAGAAGGGACUUCUUGCUCGAGACCAAGAGCCUAAGGAGGAGGAGAUGAAGAUGAUGUCCGAGUAUAUCACCAAGCUGGAGGGUCUUCCUGAUUUGGAAGUCAGCAUCAUCCGUGUCACGAAGAUCAACAAGGUGUUGAAGGCUAUUCUGAAGCUCGAGAACAUCCCGAAGGAAGAUGAAUUUCAGUUCAAGCCGCGUUCUACCGCUCUGCUCGAGAAAUGGAAUAAGAUCCUAGCGGUCGAUGGAGCGCCCGCGGCUGCCGCGCCUACCAAUGGUGUCAAUGGCACCUCGUCCAAGUCUGCUGAGAAGAAGGAGGAGCCUAAGGCUACCAACGGUGUCAAGGAAAAUGGCGAGACAGAUGCCCCCAAGGUCGAGGAGAAGUCGGCCCCGAUUGAGACUGCUAAGGAUCAGCCGGCUGCCGACAAGCCAGUCGCGGAAGAGCCAGUCAAGGCCCCAGAGGCAACUGAGGCCACUGCCGCUGCUUGA